AUGUACAUCUUAAUUUAUCAUCGAACCAGUCGAAUUCUGACAACACUCCGAUAUUUUUUAUACCCUUCAACAACUGCAAAUUUCAUUUUGGCAACGUUGACGUUUGCUACACAAGUCAGAAAUGUCAAUAAUAAGGAAUCGAUGGCUCUUCUUUGUGAUGGAUUCUGUAAAUUUAUUGGUCCAGAAUUAUGUUUUCACUUUUAUGUGUUUUUAUUGAACAUGAUUACGGUAUCCGGACUGAUCAAUUUGCACACAUUGUGUUAUCGCACAAUGGUUUUGAAAUAUUUGAACUCGAAGAAGUCGGAUAGAGCGACUUUGCAUUUUUCCUGGCACUAUUUCAUUCCGUUGACAACGUUGAUUCUCUCCUACAUUCCCCCUCAAAACCAUGCCAACGUCUUCAUGGAAACCCAACUUCUUCAUCCUCAAUAUCAUUUUUCGAUUUACAAAAACUUCGGAGGGUUCGCCAAUUCCCAUCAUUUUUGUAUGGGUCUAAGUCUUCAAGUAUUACUCCCGCUAUGUUGUUAUGUGCCAGUCACUAUUCUCUAUUGCUGGAAUAAGUAUUCAGGAUCUCAAAUUCUCAUUUCUCAGUACACUUUGUCAUUUAUGGGAACUCUACCUUGUGUUUUCGAUCCAUUUCUUCAAAUUUAUUUCAUUAUGCCGUACCGUACCACAAUUUUUAAAUUCCUGGCUUGCAGUCCAUUGACCCCGCUUUCCAGAUCCAGAGAAGACAACUCGACAUCAAUUUUCCGAAAUUUCUGGAAAUUCUUCGGCUUCAAAGAAUCUCCGAAUAAUAAAAUUUUGGAUAACUCUUUGAGAAAUCGAAAUUCUGUUUAA